AUGAAGCUUCCUCCUACAUAUCUAUUAGUAGCCAUCAUUGCUGCUAUUCCAAAUUUAUGGAUUUGCAUUGCCAAGUAUGCAUUCGAGCCAGCUUCGAAGAUAAUUUUCCUGGAUUACUUUAAUUUGAUUAUUUUAUUAUUUAGACAAAUUUGCGAGUACGCAUUCAUUGCAUGCAUUCAUUAUUGGAUUUACCGUUAUAUGGUCAACAACAAGAAACUUACAAAGCUAUUGGUUUUUGUUAAUUUAUUAUUUUAUGGAGUUUAUUUUGAAAUCUUUGGUUUCGCACUUUACGAUUAUGAGUUCUCAAGAAACAAUUUUCAAAUUGUACUCCCUUCGAUUUAUUACACUUACCUAGGUCGUUACGGACUCGAAAAAUCAUCCAAAUUUGUUACUCCCCUUUAUGAGAUUCCAAAUUCAGAAGACACGCAUGCUACAUCAAAUUCUAUUAUAUCCGAUACCAUUAAAGAUAAUCCUCCAUUUUGGAUUACAACAUUAGUACUAAUUUUAAUAUGGUUCAUCUAUCAAGCAUAUUUUCUUAUACGGUAUAGAUGGUUAACAUUAAAUCCGUCAAACUACUUCAUUAUGGACAUGUUCAAAUCAAUAGACUUUAUGUCCGACUCAGAUUUCGAAUUCAGAGCUGGUGGUACUAAAAUACAGCAAGAUUUACGUAUGCCAUAUAUACUUCAUAUAUUAGCUGUAUUACAUAUCAUAUUUUCAAUUGAAUAUCUCUUGAUUCCUCAGGAUUUCAAAACGCAGAAAUAUGUUUAUCUUCCGUAUUUAGAUACAAUGAUACUUGCUUUAACACAUUUCGAGAAAUCCCUUACUAAAUCUACGAAAAAACAGUUCCUUAACUAUACAAGAUCUUAUUUGCCACCUGGACGACGCUGGAUCGAUACUAGAGAUGAUCCUGUAUAUCCUGCUGUUCAUGGAGAUAUGAAAGCUUUCUGUGCAUAUAACAAAAACCAUCCUGAUUGUCAAGAUUUAAAUUCAAUCAAGAAUACAAAACAGAAAAUCGUUGAAAAACUACCAAAUGUUGUCUUUUUAGUAUACGAGAGUAUGACUCCGUCAUACUAUAUGCUCAAUAAAGACUAUAUUACUGAGCAUGCGCAUAUUUCCAAAAAUGAUCCGAAAAAAGUCUUAACAAAGACUCCAUACUUUACUGAUGGCAUUGCUCCCAAUCUUAACAAGUUCUCCAAGUACGCAAUUACCUUCAGCGGCAUUUCAUCUUUAGGAAUUCCGACAUCAUCUGGUUGGCAUGCAUUAUUGACCGGUCUUUACCCUUCUCAGUCGUUUACUAAUAUUGUAGAAGGUGGACUUCUUCAUAGUGAUGAUCUUCCUUCGAUGAUGCGUCAGUAUGGAUACAGAUCUUUCUAUGUUGGUGCUUCUCUUUUCUCAUUUGAUGGUUCCGAUAUAUGGAUAUAUCGCAGACCAGCUGAAGAAGAAGCUAAAGCACGUCUGAAAUGUCUUGAUGGCUUUGGAGAUCUUUAUAACGAAACAUCAAUGAGACAAAUGAUUCCAGAAUCUAAAUAUCCAAAGCUUAGACAGUGUAGUGAAGAAGAAGUAAAUAGUCUCACUAAAGAACUUAAGAAGAAGAGACUUGAUUUUCCAAAGAUGUUUGAUUAUUCUUUCUCUUAUCAGCCAGGAAGCCAAAAUUGCGAACAUCUAGGCAUAAAACCAGAUGAAAUCAAUAAGAAAAUACAUUGGCCAGGAGACAGGUUAACAGCAGCUGAAGUUAUUUAUCAUUGGAAACAAAACAAAGAAUACAUGAGAAAGAAUAAUAUUGAUAAACCAAUAUUUGCUGGACAUUUAUCAAUUGAAGGACAUAUUCCUUAUAAAGACUGGGAUCUUCCUCAAUUCUAUGAUAGUGUCGACAAAUAUAAGUCAAUGUUUGCAAAUUAUUCGUCAAGAGAACAAUUUCGUGGUUUGUCUUAUCUAAAAGUUACAAAAAUAGCUGAUAAAUAUCAAAUAGGAGAAAUCCUUUCUUGGCUCAAAGAAAAUGAUCCAAAUACAAUUUUCGUUGUAACAGGAGAUCAUGGAACACGUGAUAUUCCUAUUCAUGAUGCUGGAUCUCCUGUUUAUGAUGAUGUUGUCUUCAAGAAAGAUUGUGUUCAUAGAUCAAGUGGAACAGAUUCUUUCUUCGUAACAAGCGGAAUGAUUGGAUAUUUAGGUAAUGAUGAACGAAUUAAGAAAGCAAUGAAACUCGAUAAAUUUGCAGGUCAAACACUGAAAAUUGCUGCAGAUCAUAAUGAUUUGGUUUAUACUUUAGAAGAAUUGUUGAAUGACUUGAAUGGUACUGACAUGCAACCAACACAUAGAAGAUCAAGAAAUUUGAUCAAAAUGACAGAUGAAAUCAACACAAUUCUCGAAGAAAAGAAAUCAGCAAAACCUGUUUAUAAAAUGCUUGAUGAACAAGGAUGGAAGUCUUUCUCUCUUGUUUCUUAUAAUGGUGAAUACAGAGAAGGAUCUACACUGUUAAGAACUCAUCCUUCUCAACCUGAUGAAGCUCACAUUUAUCACGGAGCUUCUUAUCCUCAAUGUCUUCGUUUGAAGGAUGAAAAAGAUGAUUUAGUUGGUACAAAAGAUGCUUUAAAUAUGUUCCAGAGAAUGGGAAAGAUGGUGUCUAUUGAAACAUACUUAAAUUAUCAUAAUAGAGUAUAUAACUUUGCUUUUAGAGAUAAUCAAUGCAUAGAGAAAGGUGAUUGCAAGAUGCCAGAACCACAACCACUCAAAUUUAUUAAUAUUUUCAUACUCGCCCUUAUUAUUCCACCGGUUCUUAUAUCAUUAUUUGGUACAUUAAUAGGAGCAAUUUUGUCAAUAAUAUACACAUUAGUUGAGUUAAGAAGAGCAAAGAAGAUGAGUGAUGAAGCAAUUAUUCUUGAAGAAGAAGUAUAA